AUGCCCGAUUCAGAAUGCCCCAGCGAAUCAUCACCUUCCUCCCUGGAAGGCAAUCGUCAGCACGAAUCCUAUAACACAGCCAGUCGAGUCAGGAACAGAGUUGUCACCGCUGCGAGAAGAGAACAAAAUAAAAAGGCCCAGCGGGCAUAUCGCGAGAGACAACGGGACCGCCGAAAGAGUGCUGCUCCUCGCCGCGAAGGUGUCAGGAAUAUUGCACCUCGACCCUUGUCAAGCUCGCGGUCAAAUAGUCCUCCUGAACCCCAAAUCUCUGAGAAUGUGCCUGUCUCAGACUGUCAAUUAGGAACUGCUUCAGUUGUCGGCGACGCAGAAGCUCGCACCAACACAUUGGAAAUAAGAUGCGCUGAUCCACUGGCAAACACCCUCCAAACGACACGAGAUACCAUUUGGCUGGCCGUCCUCAACAACGCCCUUUGUCUGGGCUUUGAUCUCAAGAAGCUUGCACAAUGUAAUACCUCGUACAUGUCACCAUUCUUCAGAUCAAUCACCACACAAGACAGCGCCCGGGAUGUGGUCGCUUCUUCUCUCAACACCUCAAUCCCCAUACAUUUGCAACCAACCAUGGCCCAGAUCCUCAUUCCACAUCAUGCCAGUCUUGACCUAAUACCUCUGCCCUUACUUCGCGAGCGUGCCAUUAUGAUGACGUUUGCCAUGCCUGAUAUCUUUGAUCUGCGGGAUCUCAAGUUGGAUAUUUAUACUCGGCAUGCUCUUGUUUGUCGGCGGUAUCUGGAUGAUGGGGCUUGUCAUCCUUGGCAUUCGAGGAGUUGGGAAGCGAAGCCAUGGUUCAUGAGGAAAUGGAGUUUGGCCAUCGAAGGAUGA